AUGCGCUUUGCAGCCGUCUCCCCUUUCAAGAACGCAGUUGCCACGCCCGCAAAGAAGGAUGCAUGGUAUAGUGAGCUACCGGCCUCGGCUCAGGCGGGUGAAGUGGAGUCCAUCGUCGCUUCACGGCAUUAUGUCAUCGCUCGAGGCAGUUCGCCGAGAACGCUGAUCGCGCUUGGCUAUGAGGCCGAAGCAGCUCGCAAGUAUGGUCAUGCUGCACCCACGCUACAUCUUUCUCAUGACGCCGUAGCGUUAGCUUGCUCACUGUUCGACAACACGCUCGCGGUCAGUUCACCAAACGGAUCAGUAUCGCUCUUGCAAUUGCCAGACCGAAUCACGGAGCCCUUUGCUCCCACAAAGACUACAUCAUUGGAACAGCAGAGUACAUCAGCGACUUGCUUGGCUUUUCAUCCGCAUUCGCGUGGUCUCCUACUAGCCGUACACGGCGACAGGAUUGUCAUCUACGAUACCGAUGCACUAAGGGCAAGCUUGAGCUGGGACGCGCAAUCGAAAGGUGUCUGGUCGGCAGUAUGGUCAUCAGACGGUCGUACUGUAGCUAUAUUAGGCAAGGACGGCCAGCUCAAGAUCUGGGAUCCUCGAGCUUCUAUUACUACCGAAUUGCAUAGUCUGAAAGGCCACGAGGAUCUCGUCAAGCCUUGUCGUCUGAUCGCCUUGUCUGGCAAACGCUUCCUCACGACUGGCUUCUCCAAACUCAGAGAAAGACAGAUCUCAAUCUAUGAUCUGAACCUCUCGAUCGAGAAGCCAAGCUCAACGAAAUCAGUCGAUUCCGGCACGGGCGCUCUCUGCCCGUACGUAGACGCGAGUCGCAACAUUGUCUACUUGCUCGGCAAAGGCGAUAUGACGUUGAGACAGAUAGAAAUACUGCCCAAUUCUACGCUCAGCGAAGGCCUGUCUGCAAGUCUGCCCGCGGUUUUUGCCUCUGCUUGUCUGGUGCCGCCCUCUGCAAGCACGUUGGCCUUGAUGAAGGCAGAGAUCAGCAGACUGCUUCUGCUCUCGACAGAUCACGUCAUCAUACCCAUCAGCAUGACCGUACCUAGACGGCUCUAUGUUGACUUCCAUGCCGAUCUAUACCCCGCGAUAGCUAGCCAAGAGUCUGCCCAGGAUGCAUCAGACUGGCUAUCAGGAAAGGAUGCGCAGGUCGCGCAAGUCUCCUUGCAUUCAUCUUCACAAUCUCCAGCGCCCACGUCAGCAAAAGCGCAAGACACGAAACAUGCGUCUGCACCAACGUUCACAUCAGUGUCAAGCCUGACGAAAGCCUCGGCUACUCCAGGCAUGGCCCCCGCAGCCGUACUGGCAAGUGCGACACCUGCUGCUGGCGAGAGCAUUGCAAGGUCUUCGCCGUCACCGGCGUCACGAAGUGCCGGUAUUGCCAAUGCAGCGACCGUCCGUGAGACUGCGCCCGCACAGCAAAUGCCCAAGCCAUUUACGAACCCCAAAUCAGCUCAACGCUGGUCGAGGGCGUAUUUAUCUGGCAAGGCUCCUCUGCUGGCCGCAUACGAAGGCCUUGCCGGCGUGCACUUGACUACAAGCCCAGAGGUGCCAUUGCUGCAGAGCAAUCGUGACUUCUUCGCGUUCCCUCUGCCCGGCGUAGGCGGCAAGCUGGCGGUGCACGCUCUGAGCCGGACAGGUCGCCUUCCGACACACAUCCCGGCGAUCGUCGCUGGCUCGACUGUACAAGGCUUUUCGUUUGACCCUUUCGACGCUCAUCGCGUUUUCGUUGCUUGUGAGGACGGCAAGGUCCACAGCUAUCACAUUCCAGACGAGCACAACGAGGCAGACAUCACAAUAGCCGAAUUUGCUCUGGAAGACGGCAUGGAUAAGAUCGUCGGCUUGCAUCCCAACCCAGUCGCUUCUCACGUACUGCUGACAGUCUCCGAGGACCGUGGCGCCUACAAUGCUCGAGUAUGGGACCUUGCAACUCGCUCAGUUUCCAUCAGUAUCCCCUUGCGUGGGCCUGUCCAUUCAACAGUCUGGAAUUCAAGCGGGAGCAAGAUAGCGCUGGCGUUCAAGGACAAGACGCUGCAGGUGCUCGACCCGCGUCAGCCAGACCACAAGGCAGUCGGGCCAUCGCACGACAGUGUACGGAGCACGCGGAUGGUCUUCCUCGAUGACGAUACACUCGCCACAGCUGGCUUUUCGCGCUCGGCGAGUCGCGAGAUCUCUGUCCACCGCAUACUUGAUCAUGAGAUCAAGACUGUUGCGCGUCUGUCACUUGAAGUCUCGCCCGCACCCUUGUUCCUCCAUUGCGAUCGAGACAGCUCUAUUCUGUUCGCAUACGCAAAAGGCGAGCAAACAUUGCUCGCAUUCGACGUAGAUCUGUCAAAGCCGAGCAUCACCCGCUUAUCACCUUUCCCAAGCAGCUCACCAACCCUGGGCAUCGCUUUCUUACCAAAAGUUUCGGUCGAUGUCAGAAGGGCUGAAAUUGCCAUUGCUUUGCGUCUGACAAGCAAGACUGUCGAGCGUGUCACUUUCACCGUUCCACGCGCACGGCUCGAGUACUUCCAAGAUGACAUCUACAUCCCUACAGUCGAUACACACUCACCUGCAUGCACGUCCGCACAAUGGCUUGCCGGCGAAGCACCAGAGCUGCCGCGCUUCGACUUGAGGCCUGUCGACAUGACAGACUUAUCCAAUGCGCCGCCUACGCAAGCACAAAUUUCAACGAGGAACAAGAUCGCGCAGGGUCCAACGCUAACCGACUCGCAGAAAUCAGAACAGCAACUUGAGCGUAUAUUCAAGAUGGCGAAAGAUGACGAGGGAAGCGAGGAUGAGGCACCGGCGAACAAGUUGAAGGAUAACACGCCGGAUGAUGAUGAUUGGUGA